AUGACGACCAAUAUAUCGAUGACGGGCGCGAAUAGUGGGAUGCAGGUGGCUCUCAACUCUGGCCAGAUGAAUCAGUAUUUUUCUCCUCCAGAACGCGCACACACACCACCUGAACCUCUUUCCACGGUGCCAUUUUCUCGAAAUCCGGACUUUGUUGACCCCCCAGAUGCGAGGCUGGCUCUGGUCGGGAUGGGUGGAGUCGGGAAGUCGCAAUUGGUAAUCGAAUACUGCUACCGCACUCGUGUGACGUCGCCUGAAACAUGGGUUUUUUGGGUUCACGCCAGCAACGCCGCCCGAUUCGAGCAGGAUUAUCGCAAGAUAGCUGAACAAGCCAAGAUUACCAGAGUAGGGAACCUAGUCCUUGAUAACCUCGAUGACAAUCGAUUUCUAUACGAGCCUCAAUACUUGGAGGGCGGGCAAGGAGGUGCAAAGAUGCCGCCCAUAGAAUACCUGCCGCACAGUGCCAAUGGGUGUAUAAUGAUCACAACCCGUGAUCGUCGUGUGGCUCUUGACUUUGUGACUGACAGUUGUAUUGUUCAAAUUGAUCCGAUGACUCAACCUGAUGCAGUAUCUCUGCUUGAGAUAAUGCUUGGAGAACAAGGCAAAGAGCCUAACAGGACGGAUGUCUUAAAACUAGCUGAAACGCUUGAAUACAUGCCUCUCGCUAUUGAGCAAGCUGCAGCAUACAUCAGGCGGCAGUUUCCGCUUUACUCGAUCCAGCAGUAUCUCAGAGACUUCGGAAGGAAUGAUGGUGAGAGACUAAAGCUUCUUGCACAUGAAGCCGGUCGCCAUUACCGUGACUGGGAAGCCAAAAAUUCCAUCUUAGUAACCUGGCAAUUAUCCUUUGACCAAAUCCGAGCCGAGAACCCCUCAGCGGCGGAUUUACUUUCCCUCAUGAGCUUCUUUGACAGACAGGCAAUUCCAGAGUCAUUACUUCACAUCCAGUCGACUGAACAUGAUAAAUUUAGCAUGGACGACAGCCCGAUCUCGACUUCAAAUAAAGACGAGACCUGCUUUGAAGUUCGAACGCCCAUUAGAGGUCGAGUCCGGCAAGCUUUGCAUGAUCAUUUCAACUGGCUGCGACCGUCAUUCUGGACAGCUGGGGCCCGUUCUCAGGACCACCAAAAUCCAGAGCCCGCUGAAGUAGGAACACUUCUUGAAGACACUAUCCUGGAGCAUACCAUCAAGUCUAGGGAGAACACGCUAAGAGAUGACAUUUUGAUAUUGAGAGAUUAUUCACUUCUGUCUAUCACCCCAGACCACACCCUCUUUGAGAUGCACAGGAUAGUGCAGCUGGCAACACGAAAAUGGCUAGAGGCUCACGGACAAACCGAGAAGUGGUUGAAAACAUUCAUCCGCCGUCUUGCAAAUGCCAUUCCAAAGGAAGUGGAUGAGCAGAGUCGGGUAGUAUGCCUGUCUCUUUUCCCCCAUAUUGAAUCGGCACUAAUGCAUCGGACCUCAUCAAAUGAGGUCAUGAUUGAUAGAGGAUCCCUCCUUUUUGAAACAACGGUGCAUUUGACUGCGGUAGUAUCUCCAAGAGCGAUGCUGGCGAUAUCCCUUGCUUCGAUGGAGGCAUUCGAGCAAUGCUUAGGCACAGAGAACUACAUGACCAUAUAUAGUGCCAUGUACACCGGGAUUGCCUAUCUGCAGCUUGCCAGAUAUCCGGAUGCAGAAGCGAUAUUCGAAAAAGUAAUUGAAGUCGAGGAAAGGCUCGGCCGGAUAGAUGAUUAUUGUUCACACACCGCUAUGAACAAUCUUAUCUGCGUGUAUUAA